AUGGCGGAGAAGAAGCCCCUGAGUGAAGUGUACAAAAAUGUAGUUUAUUCUGUGCCGGAUUUAUACUCCUACAAUGAUAUCCAAAAACUAAUGGACUUAAAUAUCCGAGCGGCAUUUAAAGAAAUUGGCUUAAAGAUUGAUAAUAAAGUCAUUUACUUUAGAAUUUUCCUCUAUUUAGUCAUGAACGCACUCGGGGCCUACAUCACCUUCUUUGUUCAAGUAGAAAAGUCAAAAUUUUUACUAAAAGUUAUGUUGAUUGUUUUUUUCUCUGUAUUUUCCCUCUAUAUCGCCUACGAUAAGGUUCUUUUAAGAAGGGCGCAUUUUGUCGUAAAACUCAAAAACUGUAAAGUAUUAGUGUGGACAAAGGUUAAAAGGUUAAAAGGAACUUAUGAGAUCAAAUAUAAAAAGGGAGGUUUGAAGAAUAAAGCUGAAACCUACACAUUACCACUGGGCGAUUUGUUUUUCUCAGACGGAGAGUGCGAUUACGAUCAUUUUGUAAAAUUAAUGGAGAAGCUCAAACCGAGGCUUCUCAGUCUUGAUACAAGAUCUAAGAAAAAGGACUAAUUUUUUAUACAUUUUA